AUGGAGAAAAUUAGAGCCACCCGGGACUUCACCCAGCUCAACGAGCUGCAAUGCCGCUUUCCCCGGCACCUGGUGGUCCUUGACUUCCCUUGCAACCAAUUUGGACAUCAGGAGAACGGUCAGAAUGAGGAGAUCCUGAACAGUCUCAAGUAUGUCCACUCUGGGGGUGGAUACCAGCCCACCUUCACCCUUGUCCAAAAAUGUGAGGUGAAUGGGCAGAACGAGCGUCCUGUCUUCGCCUAUCUGAAGGACAAGCUCCCCUACCCUUAUGAUGACCCCUUUUCCCUCAUGACCGAUCCCAAGUUCAUCACUUGGAGCCCCUUGUGCCGCUCAGAUGUGGCCUAGAACUUUGAGAAGUUCCUCAUAGGGCCGGAGGGAGAGCCCUUCCGACGCUACAGCCGCACCUUCCCAACCAUCAACAUGGAGCCUGACAUCAAGCGCCUCCUUAAAGUUGCCAUACAGAUAUGAGCUGCUCAGCACACAGUUCUCCAACUCCAUCCAGUCCUGAGGAGCCUUAGGAUUCAGCAUGCCCUCAGGAGACUCUGCUGGACCUCAGCAUUCCCUUGAUAUCAGUCCCCUUCACUGAAGAGCCUUGCCUUUCCCCUCUGCCCGUUUCCUUUUCCUCUUCCAACCCUCUGGUUGGUGACUCAACUAGGGCUUCAAGAAUUGGGUAAGCUCUGGGCCUUCACAGAAUGAUGGUACCUCCUAAACCUUCAAGGGUGGUGUCUGAGAGGUGUGAAGGGCCUGGAGCCACCCUGCUAGAAGAGACCAAUAAAGGGCAGAUGUGGAAACA